AGAGCCGAACCUUCACGUAACACGUUGUUGGGGGAGCGGAGGGAGACGUUUGGGGAUUUGGUACCGAGCACCGACGCCACACAUGCGUGGAACGGAGAGAGGAAGCUAAUAUAAUACUAAUAUUCCAAAGGAAUUCCUCAAUUGCUAAAUCAGCAUUCAAAAAGUCGCACACGGCGCACGCCAGCCAUGAGCAUCUUAUUAACCAAUUGCUGCAUUUGUUCCAACUACUUCAACCUAACCUGCACCGCCACUUGCACCUCAACUUCCAUCCCUCCAAUUAUAAAACACCACCAACGUCCGCCCAUUCGCCUCUCGCUUCUCCGUUCCUCCUCCUCCACUCCCUCUGGUAUGGAUUCCAAUGUGGGCCAGAGCUUGUACCCUCUGCACCGAUGUAAAACAAUUCACCUGGUGAGGCAUGCGCAAGGUAUUCACAAUGUAGAAGGAGAAAAAGACCAUGACGCAUACUUAUCAGAAGAACUCUUUGAUGCACAUGUCACCCCUCUUGGCUGGAAACAGGUAGCUAACCUUAAGAACCAUGUUGAGGCAUGUGGCCUUUCCAAGAAGAUCGAAUUAGUCAUCGUUUCUCCUUUGCUAAGGACCAUGCAAACGGCAGUCGGAGUUUUUGGGGGUGAAGCUUAUGUGGACGGGAUUGAUGCACCUCCUUUGAUGGUUGCAAAUGCUGGGAAGAGUAGCCAUCCUGCAAUCUCAAGUCUAAAUUGCUCACCUUUCAUUGCGGUGGAGCUUUGUCGAGAACAUUUGGGUCUUCAUCCAUGUGAUAGGAGGAGAAGUAUUAGCGAAUACAAGCCUAUUUUUCCAGCUAUUGAUUUUUCCCUGAUAGAAAGUGAUGCCGACAUUCUGUGGAAGCCCGACACAAGAGAGAAGGAUGAAGAACUUGCUCGGAGGGGAAUGAAGUUUCUGGACUGGUUGUGGACGCGGCCAGAGAAGGAGAUUGCAGUUGUUACCCACAGUGGAUUCUUGAUUCAUGCCCUAAGUGCAUUUGGAAAUGAUUGUCAUCUAUCUAUCAAGAGUGAAAUAUGCAAACCCUUUAACAACUGUGAGCUUCGUUCAGUGGUCAUUGUCGACAGAGGUAUGAUAGGAUCUGAUUCCUCAACCACUAACUAUCCUGGAAAAAUUCCUAGUGGGCCCGAUCUACCCAAUGAUUUCGCAAAGCAAAAGCAUCCAGGCAUUUGAAUGUCUGCAUAAUCAAUGCGACGUCACGUGCGAAACUUAAUUGUUUUCGUAUUCGUUGAUUCGAUUCUUCAUAAGCGAUUUGGUGUGGUAUAGCCUUGCAUUUCAAAUCCUAGUUUCUCAGUGAAUAUGUUGCCCAUAUUCCUUCUUGCUAUGGAAAGGAGGGCUUAGAUCUGAGGCCAGGCUAGAAAGAAAUGCUGUUUCCUGUUUCUUUUCUCUCUGAUGACUAGGCAACUUGCAGGACAAAUUUAGGUUGUUAAUAAGUUCCUAGGAACAGGUUCAAAAAGUUCUUGUUUUGGAUCAAUACUUAUGCAGGAGUUGUUAUGCCUCGAUCUCAAUUUGUCAUUUACGAA